AUGCUCCACAAGCAGCAGGCGAGCAAAUUGCCAUCGGCGUUUGAUCGUGCAUGGGAGGCUGUAGGGGGAGGGCCUGCUGACCUAUAUUUCCCCGAGGAGUUCCUGGGGGUUUGGAGCGUCGAAUCGACGCUGGCUUCCGUGCAGCUUCCCCUAGGGCCCGACUUUGUGCCCGAUACCAAGGUGGUGGAAAGGGCAAAAGCAGAGGAUCUAAACAGGCAAGUGCGGUACACCGUCGCCUUCGUGCGCAACCGCGAUGGCAAAAUCAUCACAGACCGGCGCUUCAACACGCUGAGCCUGCUGGAUUACUACCUGGGCCCCGGCAAGUUGACAGCGCAGGACAUCGCCUGGAACCCCAAUGACCCCAACGUCCUCAACAUGGCCCUCCCAGGGGGAUUGGACAUAACGACAAGGGUGACGCGGCGAUCUGAGUCAUCAGCAGGCCCGGACCGGCUGGACACGUCAGAGUACUUCCAGCAGCUAUACGAUUCCCCGGGCCGCGCGGAACCAAAGGUCAAAGCGAGCCAGUGCUUCACAAAGUACAAGUGGCGGGACUCGGCCGCAGCGCAGCGCGAGAGCGGGCCCCAGAUCGUGGCCACUCAGGUGGUGAGCGACUAUCUGACGCCGUACGAUGGAGAGAUGCUGAUGAUGCGUGCAAAAAACAGCCCAGUGGUUAUCUACACCUACAAGAUGCGCUUCUGGCGGAGCCCAAAAGACAAUGCUGUUGCCUUGUAG